AUGACGGAAGAAGGGACUAUCGCGGCGUGGGCGGCUUUAACAGCUGCACUGCUCGCGUUGGCUGUUGCACUCGCCCAGGCUGCGCAGCAAUAUGCGGCUACGGCUCAGGAUAUGAAGAAAUGCAAAAAGUCCGUUUGGGGACCCAUGCCUGGCUAUGCUGGCCGUCGCGUCUUUCUCUGGCGCCAGCUUUGGUUUCGCAUCGUCUUCGAUGUGCCAAACGUCUUCAUCCCGACUGAGUACUGGGAAAAGCCGGGCAAUGCACGACAAUUUCCCACCCAUCGAAUAACCGUCUUACCGGCUCCCUUUGAUCGCCGGCCUGUAAAUAGUGACACAGAGAGUGCAGAUGCGGAUCGGCUCCCCGCCGAUAUCCCUGUGGUGCCCAUGCAAGCGAGCCUGCGGGAUAUCAUCGCUCUUGGUUUGAUGAUUGGCAUGAAGAUUCAGGCAGCCAGCGAGGACCGUAUCGAGAUGAGCGGGCCAUUUGGCUUCAUUAAGAGCAGUAGCCACCCAAUCCUCGGCAGCCUAAUUCAUUUCUCUGCGUUUUCAACGACACUCCAUAUUAAAGGACUUAAAACUAGUGAUAUCAGCCAGUCCUGGCUUCGCCGACUCACCGGUAUUGUGUCUGUUGCCAAUCAGCAGUUCGAAGAGCCGAAGAGGCACUAUUAUGUGUCGCUCAUGAUGAGAUGGCGCACGAAUUCCACACGGAUACCAUUCAAAAUUGAGGACUUUGACAGUGAUACAAGAGGGAGAGAAGAAGGUGAAGAAGAAGGAGAAUCACAACUCAAAUUUGUCGAUCUUGAAGGGAAAGAACACAUCGUGCCUGCAGACAAGUGUUCAACAUGGCAAGAUCUGUUGCAAUUUCUGGAAAGCAAUGGCAUCGCAACAUCUCCGUACAUCAUCCUUGGCCCAGAGAAUAAGCCGGUGGCUCCCAAGUCUUGGAAACCCCUGCUGAAGGUUCUGCGUAAAGGCGAUUUGAAAACUAUCUUUAAGGUAUUAUAA